AUGUUCCGGCGUUGUGAGGAUGACUUGUGCAUGCUGAUGAAGUUCAUCUCCAACAGUCCUGUCGUGUUCUUGGCUGCUAAUACAUUCCAACAACUGCCGCAGCCGACUGUAGUGUCAGUUGCACAGAAUCUUGUGUUUGCAUUGAAUCGCUGGGAUAACUCGUACACAUAUGGGGCCAGCUCACGAAGCGCACUGAACUUGGGAAAUGAGAAAGCAGGAGAAUCCGAUAACGCAUCCGAAAAUCUCAAAUUUGGUGCUUGUUGUUUCAAUUUUAAGGUUUGUAAGUGAGC